UUGUAAACAAAUUUGCUAAAAGCUCGCCUCGGUUUUACUUUUUGAGGAAUUUUAAUAUUUUAAAAAUGGCAUCAGCAGCAAAAAAGCCUAAACUUUCUCAGCCUUCAAUAUCUGGCUCAGAAUCUAAAACCUCAAUUGAUGAUUUUAUGAAAAGUCUGCAAUCCAAACGCGAUGAGACCGCUAAGUCGGUUUUGGAGUAUAAAUUCAACAAAAAGCGUCUUAGGAUUAUAUCUCAGGAGCAGACGGUGCCUGAUGACUGCGAGGGCAUCGUGUACUGGAUGUCUAGAGACAGUAGAGUGGAGGACAACUGGGCUUUUCUGUUUGCACAGAAGCUUGCGUUGAAGAACGAAGUACCGCUCCACGUGUGUUUUUGUUUGAUUGCGAAGUACUUGGACGCGUCUGUGAGGCAGUUUGACUUUCUUAUCAAAGGCUUAAAAACAGUAGCAGCUCAAUGCAAGGAGCUGGACAUAUCCUUCCACCUGCUAGAAGGAGAUGGCGGGGAUGUCCUACCGCAAUGGGUGAUAGACCACAAGAUUGGGGCAGUGGUGUGCGACUUCAACCCGCUGAGGACGCCCAUGGGGUGGCUGGAGAAAGCUAAGAAGGGGUUGAAGAAAGAUGUGCCUUUGAUUCAGGUGGACGCUCACAACAUAGUCCCGUGCUGGGUGGCCUCGGACAAGCAGGAGUACUCUGCGCGGACCAUCCGGAACAAGAUCAACUCCAAGCUGGAUGAGUAUUUGACACAGUUCCCGCCGGUCAUCAAGCACCCUUACAAGAGCAAAUUUAAACCUGAGCCGAUAGACUGGGAGCAAGCCAUAGAGUCCCGCGAAGCCGACAAGUCCGUAGGUCCCGUGGACUGGGCCACUCCGGGGUACCAGGCCGCGGUCGAAAUGUUGAGGAGCUUUCUCGACAAGCGGCUCCCGAUAUUCGCGACGAAGCGGAACGACCCCACUCUAGAUGCACUUAGCAACCUGUCACCUUGGUUCCACUUCGGUCAGAUAUCCGUCCAAAGAGUGGCCGUCUGCGUCCAAGAGUACAAGAGGAAAUAUACGGAGAGUGUAAACGCGUUCUUAGAAGAGGCUAUUGUGCGGCGCGAGCUGGCGGACAACUUCUGCUUCUAUAACGAACACUACGACAGUGUGAAGGGCGCGCAUAGUUGGGCGGCUAAGACUUUAGACGAUCACAGAAAAGACAAGAGAUCCCACAUCUACACACUUGAAGAACUAUCCGAGGCCAAAACCCAUGACGAUCUCUGGAACUCCGCGCAAAUACAACUAACCAAAGAAGGCAAAAUGCACGGCUUCUUACGGAUGUACUGGGCUAAGAAGAUUCUAGAAUGGACGCCCAGCCCUGAAGACGCGCUGAAGUAUGCGAUAUACUUGAACGACCAUUAUAGCAUCGACGGGAGGGAUCCUAAUGGAUAUGUUGGUUGUAUGUGGUCGAUCUGCGGCACGCACGACCAGGGCUGGGCCGAGCGCGCCGUGUUCGGCAAGAUCCGGUACAUGAACUACGAAGGCUGCAAGCGGAAGUUCAAUGUACACGCCUUUGUGGCCAGGUAUGGUGGGAAGGUCUCGUAA